CGCCCCCUCCAACGCUCCGGCCAGGCCGGCAACAUGCUGCGAAUCCCUGCCUUCCGGGUGCUGGGACGCACCGGGGCCAGUAAGGUCUCUGGUGCCCGCCGCUGCAGUUCGCGUCCUCUGGGGGUCGGCGACGACGCCGGCGACGCGCGCGCCUUCUUUACAACACCCAUUUUCUACGUGAACGCGGCGCCGCACAUCGGGCACCUGUACUCGGCGCUACUGGCGGACGCUUUGUGUCGCCACCGUCGCCUCCGCGUCCCCAGCGCCACAGCCACGCGAUUCUCCACUGGCACCGACGAGCACGGCCUGAAGAUUCAACAGGCGGCAGCCGCUGCGGGGCUGGCUCCGUCCGAGCUGUGCGACCGAGUCUCCGGCCAGUUCCAGCAGCUUUUCCGGGAGGCCGGCAUCUCCUCCACUGACUUCAUCCGCACCACCGAGGCCCGGCACCGGACGGCUGUGCAGCACUUCUGGGGCGUCCUGAAGUCCCGGGGUCUGCUCUAUAAGGGGCUCUAUGAAGGUUGGUAUUGCGCCUCUGACGAAUGUUUCCUGCCUGAGGCUAAGGUCGCUCGGCAGCCGGGCCCAUCGGGGGAUUUAUGUCCUGUAUCUCUAGAGAGUGGCCAUCCUGUUUCCUGGACUAAGGAAGAAAACUACAUUUUCAGGCUUUCCCAAUUCCGGGAUCCGCUCUUACGGUGGCUACGCGGCGACCCUCAGACGAUCACUCCCGCUCCUUUCUACCAGGCGGUCCUUCAGUGGCUGGAGGAGGAGUUACCCGACCUGUCCGUCUCUCGCAGGAGUAGCCACCUGCACUGGGGCAUUCCGGUGCCCGACGACGAUUCACAGACCAUCUACGUAUGGCUGGAUGCUUUGGUCAACUAUCUUACUGUCAUCGGCUACCCAAAUGCCCAUUUCAGUUCUUGGUGGCCGACCACCUCGCAUAUAAUAGGCAAGGACAUUCUCAAAUUCCAUGCUAUUUACUGGCCUGCCCUUCUUUUAGGGGCCGGCCUGAGUCCACCGCACCGCAUCUAUGUUCACUCGCACUGGACAGUCUGUGGCCAAAAGAUGUCUAAGAGCUUGGGCAACGUGAUAGAUCCUAGGAAUUGCCUUGACCGCUAUACUGUGGAUGGCUUCCGAUACUUUUUGCUAAGGCAGGGCGUACCCAACUGGGACUGUGAUUACUAUGAUGAAAAGGUGGUUAAAUUGCUAGACUCUGAGCUGGCAGAUGCUUUGGGAGGUCUCUUGAACCGAUGCACUGCCAGUAGAAUAAAUCCUUCUGGGAUUUACCCAGCCUUCUGCACAAAUUGUUUUCCUAGUGAACCAGGGUUGGUGGGACCAUCAGUUCGUGUUCAGGCAGAGGACUAUGCUCUGGUGAACGCAGUCGCCUCUUUGCCCAAGCAGGUCACAGACUACUAUGACAACUUUCAGAUCUAUAAGGCUCUGGAGGCAGUGUCUAACUGUGUCCGUCAGACUAAUGGCUUUGUCCAAAGGCAUGCUCCAUGGAAGUUGAACUGGGAGAGUCCAGUGGAUGCUCCCUGGCUGGGAACUGUGCUUCAUGUAGCCUUGGAGUGUUUGAGAGUCUUUGGAACGUUGCUCCAGCCGGUCACCCCAAGCCUAGCAGACAAGCUGCUGUCUAGGUUAGGGGUCUCUGCCACAGAGAGGGGCCUUGCAGAACUCUAUUUCUUGCCUCGAUACUAUGGCCAUCCAUGCCCUUUUGAAGGGAGGAGGCUGGGACCUGAAACUGGUCUCUUGUUUCCAAGACUGGACCAGUCCAGGGCCUGGCUGGUGAAAGCCCACAGAACCUAGUAUCUUAGUUCUUACUGACUUGUGGUUAAAAAAAAGCAAAAGUGUUUUUUUUGUUUGCAUUUUCAGGAAAGUUAUACUAAUUUUUCUAGAUCGUUGCAUCAAAUGAGCACAUAAGCAAUGUUCCUGUGAAUCGAGUUUGUUGUCUUUCAGGUACCUACCCCCAGUUCUUUAGUUCUCAGUGCCCACUGUGUUUGUGUACCAGUGACCUGAAGAUGUCUCCAGUGCAAAGUUAACAACUUUGCUGAUACUGUUUUUAUCUCAUUGUGCCUCCUUCCAAAACAGUUAUUUGUCCAGAUUACCUCUCAUGGCUUGUUUUUUAUUAGCCGGGCUUCUUCUGGGCAAAUUAGUGGGUGAUGAAGGCCAUUACCUCAGGGUGUCCUACUUUGUUGUGUGUUGAGUGUUCUGUUUAAAACAGAUUAUUUUAUUUAACUUUAAAAACCAGUGUCUAGAUAUGUCCUGCCCAUUUUUAUGUUCUAACCACCUUGAUUAAAUCCAAUACAUUACGCUUUACAUUACACUUCAACCAGUAGAUGGCGCUAGCUUCUCACAGUGUUAACAUUAAGGCUUCAGAAUAUUUUCGGUUUCUUAUUUUGCAAAAUUUAAAAUAAUCUUUAUUGCUUUUCUUAAAGUAGGGGAUAAUAACAACCACUUCUACAUAAAUUUAAAAAGGAUCAUAAAUUUUCCAAGACUACUGAGAAAAUAGUAAAUAUAUUAAGUUUGUCCAGACUAUAAUAAAGCUCUGUGAGGUACUUUGAAUAUUCAGAAUUUUAAACCUUAAUAACAUGAAUUUACAGGUAUGAUUUAUAAAAAUCAGUAAAUUCAAAAGGGCAAUAUUUUAAAU